GUCUGCGAAUGAAGAGCACGCUGGGAUGGUACUUGGGAAUUGCAGGUUUUUCAUUCACUUUAGAAUGCCCUGCAUUCUCAACAUUACACUGAAUACUGACAUCUACCCCAGAAAACGGGAUUUAAUUCCUUCCCUUGAGCAAUACCGGUUGUCGGCUUACUGAGUAAUGUGCAGCUAACUGGUUCAUGUGAAGUUGGAGGCUGUUCCACUUCAGAGACCACAACCGCACAGGUCUCAGAGCAACAUUGGUGACACCGUGCCGAUUUUGACUCUCCCUGGUCAAGUGUACGGCGAUGGUCCUCCGAGUGGCAGUGGUUGGGGCAGGGAGCUCAGGUCUGACCUGUAUUAAGAGCUGUCUGGAUGAGGGGCUGGAGCCGGUCUGCUUUGAGAGCAGUGACGACAUCGGUGGUCUGUGGAGGUUCAAGGAGCUACCAGAGCCAGAACGUGCAAGCAUUUACCGCUCCCUUGUGGUCAACACUUCCAAGGAGAUGAUGUGUUUCAGUGAUUUCCCCAUGCCUGCCCACUACCCAAACUACAUGCACAACACCCUGCUCCUGCAGUAUUUAAGGCUCUACGCGGAGCACUUUGAUCUGCACAGACACAUUCGUUUCCAGGACACAGUGGUGAGCGUGGAGCAAAGGCCAGACUUUUCUCUGUCGGGUCAGUGGGGAGUGGUGACCAGGAACAGAGAUGGAGAGGAAGAGACGCAUGUCUUUGAUGGGGUCCUGGUGUGUUCAGGCCACUACACCCAGCCAAUACUACCCCUGGGAAAUUUCGCCGGCCACGAAACAUUUCCAGGCAGGUGCUACCACAGCUGGGAACACAAAGAUGCGGAUGCCUUGAGGGGAAAGAGGGUGGUGGUGGUUGGCAUUGGCAAUUCUGGAGGAGACAUUGCGGUUGAGAUUAGUAGAUCUGCAGAGAAGACAUUCCUCAGCACACGUAAAGGCGCCUGGGUGAUUGGCAGGAUGUCCACCAAUGGUCUUCCCCUCGAUAUGACAGCCAUCACCAGAAUAAACCAAGUCCUAGCCCUCCUUUUACCCAAGGCUCUGACCAACUGGAUAGCAGAGAGGGUUUUGAACCACAGAUAUGAUCACAGAUUGUAUGGCCUGAUGUCCAUUUACAGAUUCUUGGACCAAAAACCUCUGAUAAAUGAUGACCUCCCUGGUCGAAUUCUUCAGGGGGCAUUAGUGAUGAAGACUAACCUACAUGAAUUCCAGGGCUCUCGGGUUGUGUUUGAGGAUGGUACAGUCGAGGAUAAUAUUGAUGCUAUAGUCUUCUGUACGGGCUAUAAGAGCAGCUUUCCAUUCCUGCCCCGAUGUUUUUCUAAUGGGCCUGGUGGAGAGGUGACCUUGUACAAGCAAUUGUUUCCUCCUUCUCUUGAGCGCCCCACACUGGCUAUCAUGGGUCUGAUCCAGGCCAAAGGACCAAUUAUGCCCAUAGUGGAAAUGCAGGCCCGAUGGGCCGUUAAGGUCAUUGCCGGUUCAAGCCAUCUUCCACUCAAGGAGACAAUGCUCACCAUCAUUGAGUCUGAGAGGAAGGAAAAUAUGAAAAGCUACCCCUGCCCAAAACAGGCAGCACUCCAGGUGGACUACAUUCCCUAUCUGGAUUUCAUGGCUGAGGAGAUAGGGGUUCGACCAAACAUCCUGACCUUACUGUUGAGAGAUCCUCUGCUGGGGCUGAAGGUGUUCCUGGGUCCAUGUACCCCGUACCAGUACCGCCUGACUGGACCAGAACAGUGGACUGGAGCCCGUCAGGCCAUCCUAACUCAAUGGGAGCGGGUGGUUCAGCCUUUUAAGACCAGAGUGAUACCAGAACCGAGGACCAGGCCGACUUCUCUCCUCUCCCAAUGGCUACUCGCAGUGUCUACAGGAAUUGUGAUUGUAGCUGUAUUACUGUCUCAGAAUAGACUCAGCACUGGGCUGCACAUCCCGGCCGAGCUACUGGACAGGUUGAGCACUCUGUGGAGGGAUGUGUGGUAGACACCAAUCCUAAUACCAUUAUGUGAGCUAAGAUAAAACCCAAUCACAUGCCAAAUCACUCCCCACCAAUGCCAAAAGUAUGGUAGAUUUGACCCCAGUCCCCCUUAAAAGUGGUUAAGUGGGUAAAGGAAUUGGAUGGCUACAUUGAAGUGAAAUUCAAAUUUAAUGGUUAUGCACUAUAAGCUGACCUGAGCACAUUUUUUUUUGUAAAAAUCACAUGCACGGGGCUAUAUGAAAGUCAAAGGUAAUUUAAUUCAAUUGAUAUGUACAACAGUAAGAGGGGCCUAAUAGUACAGCGGUACUCUGAGGCCCCUCUUACCCCCUCGUCGUUCCCUCUUCACAUAGAUGGCCUCUUUGACUCAGCGUACAGAGUAUAUCUGUCACCAUUUUACAACACUGUGAUUGCAAACAUUCCCAAAUCCUCUGUGAUUAGUACACAUGGCCAUUGAAACUCUAGUUAAUGGUCACACCCAUAUUUGCAUAUGAAACUGAUUGUUGGUUUCAGUCGUUAUGCAACUGUAUUAUUUACAAGUGUGGGGAUAUCUGCAGUCAGUUUACACUGAAUAGGUCACUUAGAUGAGUGAUGAAACGUAUCUGUCAAUAAACUUUGGUUCCAGAUGAA